AUGGACUUUGGCAACUCGCAAGGACCCCCUGCCAAAAAGCGGCGGUUCUUUACAGACUCAAGCGAGACUUCGGAUCCGGUUCUGACUCCAAACGGCAACGCGAGAGCAAAGAAGGAAAAUGGCGCCAACGCGACACCGCCCAAUCCCAUCUUAUCAACCAAUAGUCAUGACCUCGCUGGCACGCAGCCUACGGAAAACACCAUAUCAUUUGACAUUUGCACGUUCGAGGCUUUUGUCGGAGAGAAGGUGGCGGAAGACGUGCUUGCUGUUCUGCGCGAACAGAGCAACGACAACCUUGAGCGCGCAGUCAACAUGUACUUGGACAGCGCGUACAAGAAGUUUAUGAAGCCUGGCGGGCUCAAUCCCUGCUCGUCAAAAGCGCCGUCUCCGACUACGACAAGGCCAGCACCACUUCCAGCACCUCGAAGUAUGCCCAGCGCACGCUACAUUGGCGCCUUUGGCGUUGAGGGCUGGGCAACUCGCAGCGGCGCAAAUAUACUCAAGCAUGGCGACACAGUACUGAUAGAACGCCAAAAGAUUCAACCGCCAGCUCCUCCGAAGCCCAAGGCAAAGCUUGGCGUUCCCGCAACGCCAGCACGAAACAACACGCUUGCAUCGCGUCGCGUCGAUGUCAUUGUUCGCUUCACGAAUGAAAGCGGCAUGGAAAUCGGUCGGCUAGCAAAAGACACGGCAAAUUGGGUCUCGACACUUCUCGAUCAGAAGAUUUGCAAAUUUGAAGGCAGCGUAGUCUACGCGCCGGACAAGCUGCGUACCAACGACACGAUAUUCCUACAACUGAAAUGCUCCUUACUCAAGUCUACCUUCUACAAUCGCAGUUUUCAGCUUGCCGAUGACCGACCGCAAUCACCCUUUGACCAAGCAGAAACUGCCGACGAGAAGAAUCUCCGCCUACGACAGGUUGCUCUCGUUCGACUCUUCCAGGAGAUUGGCCUCCAGCCCACGACCGCAAACGCAGCCGCCAAGGACGACGGUAGGCAGGGCCUCUUAAAAGCUGCAGAGAUGGACGAAGAAAAGCAAGCGGAGCAAAAAAGAUCCGGUGCAACAAGGAGCUGGGACUCACCGUCGUCAGAUACCGAAGAGGGAAAGGAGCUUGAGCAGGAUCAACUCGACGCGCUGUACAAAAAAGCACAGUCUUUCGAUUUUGACACGCCAGAGGCGGAGCCAGCCGACACAUUUGCUAUGACCCUGCGGCCGUACCAAAAGCAAUCCCUUCACUGGAUGAUAGCCAAGGAGAAAGAUACACGAAGCAACAGGGAGCCAUCCAUGCAUCCGCUGUGGGAAGAAUACGUGUGGCCUAUUAAAGAUCACGACGACAAAGAUUUGCCUAUUAUUAGCGAUGUGACCAAGUUUUAUGUCAACCCUUAUUCAGGUGACUUGUCACUCGAAUUUCCUAUCCAAGAGCAACACUGCUUGGGUGGUGUUCUGGCCGACGAAAUGGGUCUUGGCAAAACGAUCCAGAUGUUGAGCCUGGUGCACUCUCACAAGUCAGAUAUUGCCCUCCAAUCGCGUACCGCUAAUGGCGGUAUCGCAACGGUAAACCAGCUUCAACGCCUCAGUUCUUCUACACCCAUGCAGGCUGCCCCGUGCACUACUCUCGUGGUGGCGCCCAUGUCCUUGUUGUCACAAUGGCAAAGUGAGGCUGAAAAGGCUUCGAAAGAAGGAACUAUCAAGGUUGAGCUAUACUAUGGUAAUGAAAAGUCGAAUAAUUUGCAAGCGCUAUGUGGCAGCUCCAAUGCAUCGAUGGCACCGGAUCUGGUGAUUACGAGCUACGGCGUCGUUCUUUCUGAGUUCAGCGCCAUUGCCGCAAGGAGUGGCGACAAAGCCUCCCACACCGGCCUCUUUUCCCUCAACUUCUUCCGCAUCAUACUGGAUGAGGCGCACCAUAUAAAGAAUCGCUCAUCCAAAACAGCCAGGGCGUGUUAUGAGAUGUCUGCGACCCAUCGCUGGGUGCUGACGGGCACACCGAUCGUGAAUAAACUUGAAGAUCUGUUCAGCCUGGUUCGGUUCCUUGGUGUCGAGCCAUGGAACAACUUUUCGUUCUGGAAGACGUUCAUCACCGUACCGUUUGAAUCGGGCGAUUUUGUUCGCGCGCUCAAUGUAGUGCAGACGGUGCUGGAGCCACUGGUCAUGCGGCGAACGAAGGAUAUGAAGACUCCAGAUGGGCAACCGCUGGUGCCGCUCCCCCCCAAGCAAGUUGACGUAGUUGAAGUCGAGCUGUCCAAGACAGAGAGAGAUGUCUAUGAUUUCAUCUAUAACCGAGCGAAGCGCACAUUCAACAAGAACAUGGAAGCCGGAACAGUGAUGAAGGCCUUUACGACCAUUUUCGCCCAGAUCCUGCGAUUACGACAAUCCUGCUGCCACCCCAUCCUCGUGCGAAACAAAGACAUUGUAGCGGACGAAGAAGAAGCUGGUGCUGUAGCCGACGCCAACACCGGGUUCGCCGACGACAUGGACCUGGAGAACUUGAUUCAGCACUUUACCGCUGUCACAGAUGAGGCGUCAAAGGACAACCAGGUGUACGGUGUGCACGCGCUGAGCGAGAUCCGCGACGAGUCAGACAAGGAAUGUCCAUUUUGCUUCGAGGAGCCGAUGAACGACCAAACAGUAACGGGAUGUUGGCACUCUGCAUGCAAGAGGUGCCUGCUGGACUUUAUGAAGCACGAGACAGACCGCGGUGUAGUCCCAAAGUGCUUCAGCUGCCGCGCGCCGCUCAAUGCGCGCGACCUGUUUGAAGUGAUGCGGCACGACGACGAAGUGGACAUGGCGACGGGGAAGCCGCGCAUCAGCCUCCAGCGGCUGGGGAUGACUUCGUCAUCGUCCAAGGUGGCGGCGCUCAUCAGCCAGCUGCGCAGUCUGCGCCGCGACCACCCGGCCAUGAAGUCGGUCGUCUUCUCGCAGUUCACCUCGUUCCUGAGCCUGAUCGAGCCGGCGCUCACGCGCGCCAACGUCAAGUUCCUGCGGCUAGACGGCGGCAUGGCGCAGAAGGCGCGCGCGGCGGUGCUUACCGAGUUUACCGAGCGCCAGGGCUUCACGGUGCUACUCAUUAGCCUGCGGGCGGGCGGUGUCGGGCUCAACUUGACGAGCGCGGGGCGCGUCUUCAUGAUGGACCCGUGGUGGAGCUUCGCCGUCGAGGCGCAGGCGAUCGACCGGGUGCAUCGGCUGGGACAGGACGACGAGGUGCAGGUGAAGCGGUUCAUCGUCAAGGAGAGCGUGGAGGAGCGGAUGCUGCGGAUCCAGGAACGCAAGAAGUUCAUCGCGACGUCGCUGGGCAUGAUGAGCGACGAGGAGAAGAAAGUGCAGCGGAUCGAGGAUAUCAAGGAGCUGCUAAGCUAA